GAGAGGUCUGGAAGAUGGAGUCUGGGUGGGAGGGAGACCGUCGAAGGCAGGGAGGGGUCAGAGUUUGGCGGUUCCAGCCAUAGCUAGAGUACAGCUCCGGGUAUUGCAGAAAGCCGUUGCGGUGGUACAAAACCUGUUGUCUGGUCGUGUCCCAGCAGCAGUCAGUCCACCGCCAGUAUUACACUCGACUAGAGCUAUAUAGGCGCGCCACCGCCGUCUCAGCCUCACUACCUUCCAUCCUCCCUGGUGCAAUGUCUUCCUCUGGCCCACAACCGUCCUUGCCAGUCGAGCUCUGGCUCCACAUCUUUCGACUCUCGACACUCUCACCGUUGACGACACGCCUCUAUGUCGUUUCGUACAGCCCGUUCCAGACCAUACCGCUAGAGGCCGAGGACGAGUCCGUGACGAAGAAGACGAAGUCCGCGCUCGUCCAGGUUUGCAAGCAGUGGCGAGCGUGGGCCCUCGACCUGCUCUUCGAGGACGUCUGGAUAGAGUGCCCGGAGAAAAUGAGCUCGCUUCUGGGGGACGGGUCGGGGUGCGGGCGGUGGGUGCGCCGUGCAAGCCUCCCGUAUAUGAGCUCGGCGACGGUGAGCCCUCGCCCUCUCGAGGCGAACAAGAUGCUCGAGCAGUGCCCGCACCUCGAGGUGUUGGUGCGCAAGGGUCCGACCCGGAGAGACGUCGACACGCGCUUCGAGUUCGCUGCCGAGUGCCCUGCGAUGCCCUCGCUGAAGCGGGUCGACUGGUGGCACGUCAACGAGGCUGCUCGCUCUGGAGGCAUCAACCUGCUCGGAGACGUCCUCCAGAAAGCACCGAACGUGCAGUACCUCUCCCUGGGCGGGUACGUCCGCUUCUCGUCGCUGUCCGUGAACGGCACCGCCAUCACGCUUUCGUCCCUCACGACCCUCCGUUUCCUCCGCCUGAACGCGGCGCUCGUGAGGCAGACCUGUGGAUGGUCUAUGCCUGCUCUGCAGCACAUCAUCAUAGAUACUGUGGAGGACGUCGCCGUGCUGUCGAUGUUCUGGGAGUCCUUUGGCGAGCAGAUCCGCACCAUUGAGCUCGGGCACUACCUGAGCUACUUCGUUCACGACUGGCUAUCCUUCAUCCUCCGCGGGUGUCCCCACAUCACGGAACUCAAUUACUACAUCCACUUCACCGCCAUCCCUACCUUCGACGACGAAAAGGACACAUUUCCUCUCCUCACUACAGUCGGCUUGCACGCUCAGCCGAACAUGAUGAUCUCGCCGGAGAGCUCGGGAUACUGGGGGCGCAUGCAAUCUCACUUCGCGAUGCUGUGUUGCCCUUGCUUCCCUGCUGUGAAGAAGGUACUGCUCUAUGGCGACUGGAGCGGAAUUUCGAGCGACAUCCGGUAUCCGUUCCUCGUACAGCCUUUGCUUGACCGGCGCAUUACCAUAGAACGCGUGGAAACCUAGACUACUGUAGAUCUCGACUCCAUACUGUUGUAUUUAUGUAGACCCCUCAGGAUGUUUUGGUUGCUCGCCAUUGGCUAUAUAUGUGAACCGAGUAUCGUAAUACAUGCAAUGCUGUACUGUGCCAAUACAUUAGAUCGUAUCAUGUCCGACGGAAGUGUGCUACUAAGCUGA